AGAAGCCAGUAGGCUUAACUCCCUUGAACCCUUCCCUGUGAUCUUUCCUUCUUGUCCGUAUAGCAGUAAUAACUGUUUUAAAAAAUCACUACUUCCUUUGUCUGCCUCUUCUAUUGGAUUGUGAGUUCUUUAAGGGUAACACCUGUCAUAUAUAAAUCCACCUUUCCAGUAUCUAACCCAGGGAUGGCACAUAGUAAGUGCUCAAGAAAUAUUUGUUGAAUGAAUGAAAGAAGUAGAUUUGAGUGGAUACUUGAAGACUAGAGAAUAUUCAGAAGAAGGAGGGACUGAGCACUUUUCCAGACGAAGGCAGAGAGAUAAGCUAAACUGCAGGGGUUGAAAUAACUGCGUGUGUAGGAGGCACUAGCAAAGUUGCCUGAUUUGGUAUUCUCGUCUGUGAUGUGGGGUUUAGUAACUCGCUCAAGGUCAGACAACUUGGAACUGAUGGUUUCUGGAUUUGCACCUCUCCACUGCGGCUUGAAUCCACGGGGUAUUGAUCACCCUGCCUGUGCCGAAGGUAUUAAACUGCAAAUUGAAGGUGAAGGUGUUGAAUCGCAAUCCAUUAAAAGCAAAAAUUUCCAGAAGGUGCUUGACCAAAAAGGAACCCCCAAGCGACUGCAGGCAGAAGCUGAGACGGCUAAGUCGGCUACGGUGAAGCUGUCAAAACCUGUGGCUCUGUGGACUCAGCAGGAUGUCUGCAAGUGGUUGAAGAAACAUUGUCCAAAUCAGUAUCAGAUCUACAGCGAGUCAUUCAAACAGCAUGACAUAACGGGGCGAGCCCUGCUGAGACUUACUGACAAAAAGCUUGAACGAAUGGGGAUUGCCCAGGAGAACCUCCGGCAGCACAUCUUACAGCAGGUGCUCCAGCUGAAGGUGCGAGAAGAAGUCAGAAACCUGCAGUUACUCACACAAGAUUGAAAAACUGAGGCUUAAAGAGAUUAAGUAGCUUGACCAAGUUGCACAGCUAACCCAACACAGAUCUGAAGACUUUGCCCUUUACAUUAAAUGCUCUUUAGGAAAUCAAGUCCAUGGAAGUCCUGGCCUUGUCUGGCCCGAUCUGUCUGCAUUUCCUCUUCUACACAGCCUGCUCCCACUCCACCCAAGGGGUCUAUUGUAGAGAUGACAACUUUGCAGCAAGCUUGCAACUCCAUCGCACUGAUACCCCUCCUCAGGGCCAGGACUAGGGUGAGGUAAGUGAGGUGCCUGGUGCAAAACAAGGAGGCACUCGCUCCUGGAUUCCUGUAUGUGCCGACCGAUGAUUUUGCUGACCCGAAUCCCAGCCCUGCCCCUCCUGCUGAUUGUCCUGGGGUAUAGCUGCUGGGAUUCACCAAGACCUCCAUCGCCAUGAUAACCAGACUGGCCCUGAGACUGGCUGGCUGACUGUUUGAGAUCCCCACUGUUCUCAGAUUUCCUGUUGCCAUUUCUGUAGACAUCCUGCCCCCAAAACUAUUUUCUGCCCCCCAAAGCUACCUUCCAUGAUUUCUUUCCACCUGACUUUCACUCCAAAACCAUAAUAUAGCCACACAAGCAGGAAGAGGCCGUAGAGAUCCCCCACCAGGGCUGGAAAAUUGGUUUCAACCCAAACGUUAACUCUGUUCUGUUGGAAGUAGCUGAGUCGAGGACUGUAAGGCCAGGCCGUAGCAGAAAGCAUGGAUCUGUGACUGAGCAGGGUCCACCUCGAGCACACAAUGUGGACGGUUGUGCUUGCCAUGGUUGAAACCCAGGCCCACCCUUCUCAUCUUACAGAAGAGGAAACAGACCAUGAAAGGGGUAAUUACUUCCCUCAGCUCAAGUAGCUAGCUAACGCAAAUCAGGGCUAGAAACCAUAUCUCCUAGCACGUUUUCUACACGGAGUCAGGGAAAUGGAGCCCACUGGAUACAUUCUUCUCCUGCAUGACCACCACAGCUACCACCAACUCAUUAAAGAGGCAGGCAUGAUUCGUGCUAUAGCUGUGCCCAGUCUUGCUCUCUUUCAAAAGCUUGUUCCUGUAAUUGAGUACCAGCAGUGUGGUUCUGGGGCCACCUACCUCAGAAUCAUCUAGAGUUUUGAUUCAAAAUGCUGUCUUGGAACAUUCCCUAGUUCUUCUGAUUCAGAAGGUGAUUUGGUCACUAAUGUUUAAGAACUACUAAUGGGGAGUUGGGGCUGUUUAUGUCAGUGAUUCUUAGUUUCUGGGCUUCUCUUUUUCUUUCCUCUGGGGCUUUAAGUCAGUACCUCCCGCAUCAUCUUGUAUUUCUAGUUCUCAGUGAAACUCAGCGAGAAGUGAAGAUCAUUCUACUCUUCAUCAGACUGUGAUUUGCCCAGGAUAGAAAUGGGGAAAGGGAGUUCUCAGAAUAGGAGACAUUCAGUUUUCUCUUGUGGAUCAUGAUAGAGUUAUAUAAAAAGAUCUCUCAUUUACCUACUGGUGUGUUUUCAAUAAAAAUCUAUUGUCAAAGAUGGUGAAACGCUCUUAAGAUCUUCAUUUUCAGCCAUAGGCAAAAUAUUUCCAAAUGCGUGUCAGUAUUUUCUUAAAAUUCCUUUAUGAGAAUUUGGUUUAGUGCUGAAAGCAAAGGAUAUAUACGAGUGGGCAUAGGUAGUAUCUGCAAAUAUGCGUCUCUGGCACACACAGUUUUUCAGAAAAUUUGAAUUGGUUGCUAAGAUUUAAGGAUCAGAAGAGAUCGCAUUUUUAAAUAUAAACUUGCAUCUUCUAUUUUAAAAACUCAAACUGUUUCAGACUGGCCCACAGCCCACAAUGCAACAACCUGGUACCUAGUAUCUGCUCUCUGAAACAGACUUGUGGCACAUUAAAGAUGUUUGUAAAUUCUUUAGCACUCAUCUUAUUGAGAGGUGGGGUCAGGUAUCCUCCCCUUGAAGUCUUAGUGACUUCUCUGGCCCGUAAAAUAUGGCAGAGGUGAUGCUAUGCCAGUUUCGGGACCCAGGCCUUAAACUGGCAGCAUCUACUUCCUGACUCUUAGGACACUUGCUCAGGGAAAUAAACCACCAUGUAAGAAGUGCAGCUACUCUGAGACCACCAUGCUGUGAAAAGCCCAUCACAUGAAACGGUCCUAGAAGAAGAGAUACCAGGUGGAGAAAGACCGAAGGUCAAGGAGCACCCAGGUACCAGACACAUGACUGAGGAAGCCAUCUUGGAAGUGGAUCCUCCAUCCCCAUGAGGGGACAUCACAUAGAUCAGAGAUGAACCAUCCAGCUGAGCUCUUCAUGAAUUCCUAAACCACAAAAGCAUAAGCAAAAUAAAAUGAUUGCUUUAAGCUGAAAAUUUGGAGUCGAUGCCUGAAGCAAGAGCAUGUGCUUCCCGUUUGCUCUAUUCUGACCCCCUUCUUUCCCCUGGCUUUGUUACUCAAAUUAUUUACAUCCUGGCUCCUGUAAAAAUUUGGGUUCACAAUCUUUAUUUAAACCGUGGUCUAUAGAUUCUUGAAUUAUGUAAACCUUUGGGAAUUAAUAUAUUAAAAAUAGAAUUUUUUAUAUAUAUGACAAAAUUAGGUUGUGAGGGGAGAAAGGAAACAAAGCAAUGGAAAUUUCCACUUGAAGUACUUUAUCUUCCAUGGGCCACCUUGUUCAAGGUGAAGAGAGCACAAGAUCAGGAGUGGUCAGCUCUUUCUGAGAGUCGGCAGCCUUAUCUAUAAAAGCAGGUCCCAUUCAUCUUUGACAUUCGAUGAGUCUAUGAGUAAGAUAGCUCAGCUUUUGUAUUAUUUACAGUAUUUUGAGUGUGUAUUCAUGUAUCUGGUGUUAUAAAGUGUAUUUAUUCCAUGGCAGUCCAGCCUGUGGGGCAAAGGAAAUGUCUAAUUCUUUGUGAAAGCCUGUGCCUUUCUCAUCUUGUACCUCCAGCUCUCAGUAAAUAUUUGUUGAAUAAAUGAAUGAACAAAUGAAUGUGUGUUAGUCACCGAGACUACAAAGACAAAUGAGGCUCAAUCUUUGCCCUCGAGGAGCUCACAGUCUAUGGAACACAGGCAGCAAAUUAAAUGCCAGUUACGCCUCCUGGGUAGCACAUUCUUUUAUUCAGAAACACCGUUUCAUCUGUGUCUAGUCAUUGUUCACACCCAUACCCAGAAGAAAUAACAAGCUACAUGAAAACAUGCCUUGGAGGAGCCCAGAAUGGGGCGGGGGUCUGCAACCCACCUACCCAGAAGAGGCAACCUCCCCCUGCGGAGGUUUAGUGCAUGAGAAGGAGGAAGGGGCACACAUCCCAUCAGAGCUGUGGGAGGCAAGGCACGCUUACUCAGAAGCACCCUCAGGGACCCAUCAGAAGAGCAAGAACAGAAUCACUGACGCAUCAUUCCAUCAGGCUGUGCUUGAACAGACUGCAGAAACAGCAGUGAGGCCGCUCAAUCAACAUCACUCCUCAAAGCAGCGGCUAGGGCUGAGAGGUUCAGGGCAAACACCAGAGUUUUGUUUUGUUUUUUAAAAGAGACGUGAGGAAAGCCCUGAUUUUAAAUCAGCCUGUCCCAUACGGGCUUUUAACGAAUUAUCUUUUUACCUCCCCAGGUAUGUUUGGCAAAGUGUCAGCUUGUGCAUUUUCUCCCUCUGUCGGUUUUUUUUUUUCUUAAAUAAUUGAGGACUUUGUGAAGCCGGACAGAGGGGAAGCAAAGACUUUUGUUUAAUCUUAAAGAUAAGUGUCUUCUUGUUCUUUAUUCUCCCAGUGAUACUGAGUGUCAGGGUCAAUAUAUUGAUAUGAUCAACGUUGUACAGAUUGUUGAUUAAAAUGCUUUCGGGUUUCGAAAGAUUUCUUUUUGCUUAUGUUAAAUAGCAAGACCAUAGGGAUGUCAGGAAGUUGUUAGGGAGCAAUGCUGGGCUGUUUUGUCAAUUUCCAAGCAGCAGAGCUGUGUUCCAGCCCAGGGAGGCCAAGCUCCACAGGUGGAAAUGACUUUCUGUUUACCAAGUAAGGAAAUACUCAACCAGUGGUUAAUUUGCUUUGUUCCUUCAACAGACUCAGAGCUCCUUGAAGUAGAAAUCCUCUAAGAAAAGUUAAAAGCAACAACAGCAACCAAACUUCUCUUUUCCUCACAAUUUAAAACUUUGUCAGCAUCUUAACAUUCGGAAGAGAAAAUGUCAUCUUUAUAAGGGUCAUUUUCUUCUUUAGAAAUUAGCCUUUUCAUCAUUUCAACAUUGGAAUCCAAAGUAAACAUAAACUCACUGUCUUGGUAAUUAGGUAAAAUUAUAAAAAUAAAAGGUAUUAUUAAAACUAACCCUCAGCUGCAGAAACUGUCAAUAGUAAGCGGUGAUUAGCUUGCAUGUAAUAUGGCACUGACUGUGCGCUUCAUCCAAUUCUGGCUGAAGACAUCCGCUUUCCCAGGGGGAGGAACUUAUAUCUUCAUGAAAACAUAACUUACUUGCUAAUUUUUGUUUCUAUCCUUUUAAGUUUUGCCACCUGUCUUUGAUCUAGAUUACUUGCGCAUUGCUCUUAGCUGUUAGCAGUGGUUCCUGUGUGGUCCACUACCCCUGGUGAUCUCAGGGUAUUUCAGUCUAGACUCUCACGGCCUUAGACUCCUGUCUUUAGGUAGGCAUUAUGUUAUGAAGUGAAUAAAAGUUUUAUUGCCUAACCUGCAGAAAGUGACAUAAGGUUAAAGAAAGCAUGUCAAGACAGCAUGCUUGGGCUCCCUGCUUCCAAGCGGUCUGAAUUCACUCAAUACCUUGGGACCCAGAGCAUGGAAGAGACACUGGAGUAUAAAAGCAGAACUGGCAUGUGACAUGGAUUGCUGGUCCCAAUCCAGCAAUUACUAGGGACCCUCUUGGUUGCAUAAUCUUGUCCUUUAAUAUAAAAUGAGGACUACAUGGAUAAAAUUCCUGAAGCGUAAGGCUCUUUCUUCCUCAAUUCACAAAGCCUAUUCUAUAAUCAUAAAAAUCAUAGGCCCAAAAGGAACUUUGAAAGAUUGUAUGGCCCAUGCUCCUGACUUCAGGUAAAACAAUGCAUAACCUAUCCGUAAAAGAUAACAAUGUGCCUGUUUUUAAGCUCUGAAGAAAAUGAUAGUAGCCGGCUUUCUUUGGUAACCUAUUCUGAUGUUUAAAUACUUUCCCCAAAAGGAUAAUCUUGGAGUCACACAAAGCUGGAUUCAAAUGUCUUUGCUAUCACUCUGGCUACGUGAUUGUCAGCAGAUUACUGAUCCUGCCACAUCUUAACUAAUUUGUAAUGUGCGAAUAAACAGCAGCCGACUUACAUCACUAGGUGGUUUUCAGGAGUGAAGAGAGACGUGGGAAGCACUUGGCACAAAGAAGACAUGUUAUUUGUCUUCUCCUCUUUACCUAACCUGAUACCCUCCUAUUGCAUUCUUAGUGUUCUCCAGGUCACUGCGGAGGGGCAGUAUCAAAUGUCUAAUCAUUCUGUAAGGUGGUAGAUAGCAUGAUGUAACUGGAAGACUCGGCACAAACUUCAAAGGGAAGCUGGCUUGACACCUUCAGAAUAGCAAGAUAAAGUGAGAAAGCAUUCAGUAUAUCACACUGUAUUAGCUUACUAGGACUGCCUGAACAGGAUACCGAAAACAGGGUAGCUUAGAACAACAGAAAUGUAUCGUCUCACAGUGGCGGAUAGCAGAAGCCCGAGAUCAAGGUGUUGACGGGGCCAUGUUCCAUGUGAAGGCACUAGGGGAUGGUCUGUUCCAGGCCUCUCUCCAGCUUCUGGUAGUUUCUUGUAUGGCACCAUAACUGCAGUCUUCACAUGGCAUUCACCCCCGAGUGUGUUUGUGCCCACUUUUUCCCUUUUUAUAAGGAUACUAGGCACAUUGGAUUUUGGGCCCAGGCUACUCCAAUUUGACUUCAUCUUACAUCUUAUAGAUGUAAUUACAUGUAUAACACCAAAUGAGGUCACAUUCUGACUUGCUAGGAAUUAGAACUUCAAUAUAUGAAGUUUGGGGGGAUGUAUUUCAACCCAUAAUACACUAAGUUGAGAGAUAGUUAGUUGUUCCUGAAAACCUUUUUCCACAUACUCUUUGACAUUAUUUUUGGGACUUAGGACAAUAGCGGUUUGUGGCCAGCCCCCCAAAUAGUACAGGAAGACAAUUCCUUGGAAAACCAACCUCAAACCCCUUGUAUGUUAGGAAAGUGGGAAAACAUGGCCAUAGUGAAGCGCCCUAAAGUCACAUGCACAAAUGGAAGAGGAGGGAAAGCCUGGACACAAAUAGACAAGACAAUAGGGGUCCUAGGUGAGCCACAUCAGGAAUGUUAUGUGGUUGGUAAAGGGCCUUUGAGGCAGUGGCUGUGCGCUCCUGUUAGAUCUGGGAAGUUUCUCUUCUAACCACUGCUGUGCCUUCAUCAGGGCUGGGAAGCUGUGACCCUACGACUGUGACGUGAUGCAAAGGCCUUCAAUAGUCCACAGGAGGAAAUAUUGUAAAAAGAGAGCAAGAUUCAAAAACUCGCCCCCAUGAGAAGAAUAAAGUUAAUUGAGAUUCUCAACACCACAUUUUUUGGAAGUUGGGAUUAGCUGAAGAAAUUUUAGAAUAAUUUUCAAACAUAUGAAAGGCUACAUUUUGUCAUUUCAAAGCAAGAGAGAAUUGAGAGGAGGCUUGAAUUAUGAAAGAUAUGACUCAAAUUAGAUUUGAGAAGAACUUAAGAAUAAUCUAUUUUAAAAAAAACAAAUUGUGGUAUCUUCCCUAAAUAAAAAAAAAAAGAAAGAAAUUGUGGUAUCUUCCCUACAUAUCUUAAAUAAAAGUGCGGCAUCUGUCUACUAUAAAAUGAGCACAGUCAUUCUUGAAUAUCAAAGAGCUGGGCUUUAUCCUUCCAUCAUUUUUUCAUGCACCAAAGAGAUAUUGUGUGCAUAGCCUAUGCUAGGUGCAGUGCUGGUGGAUAGGGUCGUAGGGAUGACAGACACAGGCCAGGUCCUCAAAGGGCUCGACUCAUGCCUCAUGCUCAAUAUCUAGCUGUUGAAUAAAUACAUAAAUGGAGAUAUAUAAACACAUAAAUUCUAAUGCAGUGACAUAGUACUAAUAGCUGCCCCAUACUGUGUUUAUAUUUCUAAUUAUGGGUAAAGUAAUUAGAGAGUGCUUUGCAGAAGAGGUGGCAUUUGUGAAACAAUCUUGAAAGAUGAUGAUUGUUUGUGGGGUGGGCAUGAAGGGAUGGGACACACACACAAAGGCAUGGUGCUGGGCUAUUUGGACCCUGAGUCCAGGGUGGUUGGAGUGGAGGUUAUAUGGUAGAGGUUGAGAAGGCCAGUGAUCAGAGAGGAGACAGGAGGAGAAUGAAGUACAUAAAGCCCAGUUCUUUAGAGGGUCUCGUGAGCAACUAGUGACUCUCAUGCUUUAUUUACUCUAAGUCAAGUCUUACGGUAUUUAAUGCUCUCCUGAUAUGUCCUGAAAAUAAGGCACUCCUUUUGUCCUUCACUUGUAAAUUGGUUAAACAAAAGAAUCAUGGCUUGUUCAUAUUCUAAAAGAUAGGGGUGGGUGUGGUAAUUCUUCAGCUGGGGAAUCUUCGACAUCAACGUGAGGUAUUUGUGAACAUCCUUUCUCUUUCAGUAGCAACAGACUUGGGAUCAUGUUCAGAAAGCUGAACAAGCUUGGUCUUAGCUUCUUGCCAGAGAGUGGUGGGACUUCAUGUAGGUGGCAGAUGAGAAGAAAGCACAAGGUGGCUGGGAUCUUUGAUGAGGUUAGAGCCACAGAGCACAGCAAACUUGCCAUUGAGUUCUUACCAACUUAUUUUGUUGUAUAAAAAUCCCAUCUUUGCACAGCUUGGAAGGAGGGGCUUAGAGCUGAAGUGAAUCACCUCAGAGAAGCCCUCCACGCAUAACUAGCUGUUGAGUGUCUUCUACUUUUCAGACACUGUGCUAAUGCUGGAAGGCAAAUACCAUACAUUCCCUGCCAGCAAGAAUUCCAGGUUUUCCUGGCGAGACAGGCAUUUCCUUGGCAAGACAGAUGACUAAGCAGUCACAACACAACAUGAGAUAAAUAACAAGAUAGGCAGAGGGUGCCAUGGACACUAGAAGGGGUCCUUAACUCCCCAUGGAAGUGGGAAGGUGAGAGGUCAGGGAGCAGGGGACUCCAGAACUGAAACUGAUCAGGGCAGAGUAUUCCAGGCAUGGCAGCAGGAUUCAAGAAAUGACUUUCUCUUGUGGCUGGAGUUUGAGGUUUGUGGUGGGGGGCAUCAUGAAGGCUGAGACUGAAGUGUAGAUAGAAGUGGGUGGUGCUGAGGGACUGAAAUGUCAGCAGUAUACCCUCCAAACCUUACAGGAGCUGACCCUGCAGCAGAGGACCCAGACUCAUUUGGCUGUAAGCCAAGGUCCCACCCCUUCUGCACACACAUACACAAGCAAUCACCCAAGGGCACUUUCCUACCAUUGCAAUGGUUAUGUUGAGAAAACCAGGGAAGAGCUCAAUUGUAAUGAGUAAUUAGUGUUGUGACUAAAUAAAUGAACGCCACCUGUGCAUCCUGUUUGGGGAAAUGAGUCAAAUUAGGGAAACAAGUUGCAUAAUCACGGCAAAUGCCAAUCUCAGCCAUUGCAGCUAUGCUGGUCAUUUCUAGUUUUAAUGAGUGACUUCGUGAUCAGUGUUCAUUCAGAUGAAUAAAGAGGAAUUUUAGGUUUAUGUUUUAUUUUCAAUCACAUAUGUAAUAUGUGAUCACUGCCAUAAAAGUAGUUGUGCAAAAAAGAAAAAGAUUACACUUAGUCUAAACCCCCCAUGCAGAAAUGGCUGUGAACAUUUUGGUACAUAUCCUUCCAGACUUUCAUAAGUAUGUAUAUUUACAAAAACUGAUUAUUUUCUUAUUCUGUUCUGUUAGUUUGCAUUUGAUUUUCUAAGUUUUUUUGUUUCCUUUGUUCCCUCUUUUUCUAAAGGGACAAGGGCUAAUUUUGCUAUGUGAUCUGAAUUUUUCUUUGAUUUCUUCCCCUUUCUCCAUUCUACUCCAAGAAUUUGGAAGAUAUGGUACUUGUUUUAAGUUCCUCUGAUAGUUACCAUGAAAUUUUUAAAUAAUAUUGACACAUGUUUAAAACCUAUGAUCUAAAUCUAUGUAUCUCAAAUUAUUAGCAUCAAGAAUGAAACAAUAUCUAUUGACUCAUCGCUAUGUAAACAUGAAGAAUGACCACGCUUUCCUUCCUCCCACUCCCCACACACACCACCACUCCCUCCCAGUUUUUAUUAUUCUACUUUGACAUUUUUGUCCCAGUCUGUAAUAGUUAAAUUGUGGGUUCUUGUAUAAUGGGACUUCUUGUUUCAUGAAUAUCCUUUACAUUCUUCUUAGAAACAAUGCUGUUUAACAAUAUUUGCAUUCCUCAAUUUCCAUAUUGUUGGUUAAUCUCAGUUACGAUAGAGAACAUCUAUUUUCUAGAGCCCUUUCUCAGCUGAAAAUGUCUUCUGAUUGACUUCACUUAUUACCGGCAGCUUGAGCAGAUAAUAGAAUUUGAGAAUCAUAGCAUAACCAUUCUCCCUGAAAACCGCAUAGACAAAGUCCACUGGCAUCUUUUUCUUUUAUAUCGGAUCUAUUUCUUUUUCCUGGGUUUUGGGAAGAUUCUUUUUUACAGACUUAAUAUCCAGUGGAUCUAAAUGUUCAUCAUUUUCACAAAGUCUUCAAGAAAAACUUUUAAAAUAGAGAUUUUUUUUUUCGUUUCAGGGGAAUUUUUCUUCAAUAUACAGAGGUUUUUUUUAAUGCUUUUUGGUCAGGAAGAUUGGCCCUGAGCUAACAUCUGGCAACAUCUUUUUUUUUUUUUCCUCCCCAAAGCCCCAGUGCAUAGUUGUAUAUCCUACUUGUAGGUCCCUCUAGUUCUUCUAUGUGGAAUGCUUCUAUAUAAUGGCUUGAUUAGCAGCAUGUGGGUCUGCACCCAAGAUACAAACCCACAAAUUCCAGGCCACUGAAGCAGAGUGCGCGAACUUAACUACUGUGCCACCAGGCCGGCCCCUCCAUAUACGUUUUUGAAAUGGGUUCUGUUGUAUUGGGACUGAUUGCUUCCUCACUCUGGUUAUGCAUAUGCUACAUAUGCUAUGUCUGUGAUUCUAAUCCGUCUUUUCCUCUUUAAUCAUUUUCACUUGCCUAUUUUAUCCCUCUGAACUCUGCUUGGUUAUCUCAAAUUUGCACUCAUCUUAAUAGUUUCUAAACCAGAUUAAAUUUUAGAAUCACUUCAAAGAAUUUUUGUAAAUACAGACAUCUUAGCCUCACCCAAGACCCACUGAAUCAAAAUCUCCUAUAUUUUCCCUUAGGAAUGUAUAUUUUAAAUAUCUCCCCCAUAUUUCUGGUGAUUGUCUAGGUUUGGGAACCACUGUCAUAUUUCACUAAUUCCAUAUAAUUCAGGGCUGAUUCUCCCCUUUACUGCUUUUCAUGCAGUUUCAAAUUCUGCAAUGGAAUUAUUUGCUUUCUUGUAUUCUUUUCAUAAAACCCCUUUUUAUCUCUGUUUGUUGCCUCAUUACCUAUCUUUUAGCAAGUUUGUGUUUUGAGUAAUUGCCUUGAGAAUAUAAAGUAGUUACUCUCUUAAACUUUUGUCUUUCUCUUGCAGCAAAUCUUUUCCAAAGUAUACUAUUCUUUUCUCUUUUAAAUGUUAUGUUUAUUUCCUUGUGUUUAUAUUUAUAAUUUGUGUGAGGAACUGUUUUUAUUCCUUCUUUGGGGCCUCUUUGAUAACUCACUCUUCAAUGGUGACUUCUCUGCAUUCCCAGGCACUCUUAAUUUGAGGACUAUGUGAUAUGCAUUUACAUAAUAAGUUGCGUCAUUCAGCAGCCUAAAGAGCCAGUUUCAUGGGUAGACCCAGCAGUGGAACUUUGCCGUACUCAGCAUUUUUCACAUGUCUGAGAAUUCUUGUAUCAAGACCAUCUCUCCAUAUCUUGGGUACGCUUCACCCUGCCCACUGUUCCAUGAACCUAGUGUGAAGUAAGUUGAAUAGAACUUACGUGAGUUGGAGCAGUAUCCUGUCUAGUUCCAAAAUGUUUGUCAUGUUUCUUUAGGAAUGACCACAUUGGUGACAAUCAUGUUAGAGAAAACUCCCCACCUUCACAGGAGGUCUCUGUGGUUGGGCCAUGCGUAUUUCUUCGCCACAAGGCAUACUCCACAUUGUCGCAUAUUAGUGAGUCCCUCUGCUUCCUGUAGACUGAGUUUGCCUUCAGAUCUCAACCCUCAUGGUAACAACCUCUCCCCUAGAUGUCAGAGUAAGUCUGUAAGAAAGGCAAGUAACAGCCAAAAACUGGAAUAUUGGAUAAGCCCAAUAUCCAUUUGCAGUUGUGGUUAAUAAAUUGUGGUGUAUUGUACAAUGCAAUGCAAACCCUAAUAUUCAUAUGCAUAAGUAUGGACAAAUAUUAGAAACAAAGUUGAACAAAAGAGUCAAACAGUCAGUUGAAAGACCCCGAACAACUGUGUUCCACUCUCAGGAUGAGCACUUGUAUGUCUUUCCUCACUUUGAGGCCGUCUCCAUGGUAUCAAAUGCAGGUUUAUAGAUGUCUCGUUAAAUGGCUUUGUUAGGCAACCUGGUUCAGCCAUGAGGAGAGGCUUUUCCCUAUUCCUGCUUCUCUUUGGAUUUCUGAAAGCAGGAAGGUGGGAAGCUUGCUUUCACAUGAGACUUUCCCCCAGAAACAGAGCAAGAAUGGCUAGAGUUAUUCACAAGGCAGUAUUACUAGUAGUAUGACCGUGAACAAUGCAGAGCAUCGUUCUCAGGCAGCACCUUGUCCAUACGUUUUCUUCAGAGGUGGAGUUAGUGCUAUUAUGC